CACAACUUACAGCUUCUGUACAAGCAUCACACACUACUUGGAGGAGCUUUCUUUCUUUCUUUCUUUCUUUCUCCCACAUGACUUGGAAUGGAAAUUUGAAAGGUUUUAACUGAAUAUUUCUGGAAAUCACAUCAUCUAGCAACAAGGUGAGAUGGAGGGGCUUUGACUUUCACUAGCCUGGAGUUACAUUAUGGUUCUGGGCCAAGCUGUCAACAUGAGUUUGAUGGACAUUUCUAAGAUUUUCUCCCUGCUGCAGCCUAGGGAAGAGGAUGAGGACAAUGAGCAGUGUCAGGCCUUGAACAAUGCCGUGAGCAGCGACGAUGUGACUCUGCUCUCUGAGCUCCUGUCUCAGGAGAAUUACAGGAGGUCUAUCAAUGCUCGGAGCGGGUGGGGGGUGCCGGUAACACCCUUGCGCACUGCUGCUGCUCUGGGACACCUGAGGUGCCUGGAGUUGCUGUUGGAGCACGGUGCAGAGAUUGACAGCCUGGACGUGAAGGCCCAGACGCCUCUGUUCACGGCUGUCAGCGGGAAACAUCUGGACUGUGUGGUUGCUCUGCUAAAGGCCGGGGCCGAUCCUAAUGGCAGCCAGUACAACAACUGCUCUCCGGUGCUGACCGCUGCCCGGGAGGGUGAUGUAGAUGUGCUCCGAGAGCUGCUACGGUUUGGCGCUGAGGUGGAUGUCAGACCCAAAGUACCAGAGUGGGCAUCCAAUGCCACAGCCUGCAGAGGGCCCCUUUAUAUCUCAGCUGUUUAUGGACACCUGGACUGCUUUAAACUGCUCCUUUUGCAUGGGGCCAACCCCAACUACAACUGCACAGAUGAGAAGAUGCUGGCCAGGAUAAAGCAGCCAAAGACGGUUCUGGAGGUGUGUCUCCGUUAUGGCUGCGGGGUGGAGUACAUCCAGCUUCUUAUAGACUUUGGGGCAGAUGUGUAUCUACCUACACUGAUCAUUGACAAGACUACAAAGCAGAAUGAAGCUCUGCUUUUACUGCUCAAGGAAAGAGUUUGUCCCAAAACACUGAUGUCUCAGACUCGGACGACAAUUCGAAGACACAUCUCCUGUGCUAAUAAAGAACCCGCCAUUGACAGUUUGGACGUUCCUAUAAUCCUGAGAAACUACCUGAAGCAUGACACCUCUGAACUCAUAUGAUGCCUGUGCUAACGUCAAGAGAUAUGUCCAGUGAAUUUUAUUUUUACCUCGUUGCUUUACACCCAUGACUGGAUAAUUAAUUUCUGGCUUUGCCAUUUCUGGUUUUCCCCGCAAGUAGGACGAGAUAACGGAUACUUACACAACCAAUCUCAA